AUGGCUCCACCAGUUGCAGCAGCUGAGCUUUGCAUGCCUCCCAAAGCCUGCCUGUUAGCAGCGCAGGUGGCGGCGGCAGAUGUUGCAUCCCUUGCUGUUUCCCUGGGCAGAAGGUGUACCGAGCACAGCCCUGGAAGAAUGCCCCUGCUGCAGAAGAGGGAUGGAGUGGAUGCCAAGCAGUCAAAUGGCCAUCACCACCACCGCCGCCAGCACUGCUUCAACCCAGAGGAUGUGCCGGAGGGGCACGUGCCCACAGAGUUCUUAAGCAGGACCAGGCGGUGGGACCGUCACACCGCGGUGCAGUUGGUGCCCUACCUGGAAAAGGAGACGACGCAGAGGCCGCGGAGGCACCUGGAGUCUAAAUGUCCAUCUCUGCAGCUCCAAGACCUGCAGCGCAGCGGGAUCCACGAGCGGUCCAUCUCGCCCUGGAGCUAUGAAGUCAACGUGGACGAAGACCGCUACCCACGCAGGCUGGCCUUCGCACACUGCCUCUGCAAAGGUUGUAUCGAUGUCAAGACGGGCCGGGAGACCACCUCCCUCAACUCUGUGCGCGUCUUCCAAGAGAUGAUGGUGUUGCGCCGCAAACCGUGCAAGCACAAUGCGGAAGCUGCCGGCUUCACCUUAGAGGUGGAGUACAUCAAGGUGCCCGUGGCCUGCACCUGCGUCCUGCCCCAGUCCAGCAGCUGAGAGGGCUACAGCCUCUUUACGUCAAGCCGCUUCACUUGCAGUGUCUUGAGCC